AUGGGACACAAUCGGCUUGGCUGGGACACGCCCUGCUCGUCUCCCUGCCGCGCGGCUGCGGUGUCUCCUGUCUCCUCGCGCACGCCCACCUCCUCCCCCAGGCCUGGAUGCGGUGACCAAGGCUCGGGCGCGACGGCUGCUCAGUCUGUCUCGUCUUUAGAGUUUGCGGCCUCGGAGGAAGACAGACCAACUCAGGUAAGCCGGCCGCUCGCGUCGGCCGAGCCUGCGCUUCGUGCACGGCGCUUGUACGACGCCUUCCACUGCGUCUAUCUCCUCAGGUCGCUGAAGAAUCCCCGCUACACGUACGUCGGCUACUCCGUGCAUCCUCUCAACCGCCUCAAACAGCACAACGGAGAAACUGCCCACGGAGGGGCUUGGAAGACGCAGCGGCAUCGUCCCUGGAGCUUAGUGCUCGUCGUUCACGGCUUCCCGACGCAAGUUGGGGCUCUGCAGUUUGAGUGGCGCUGGCAGCGCGCCGCGCCGGCUCUCGACUUUUUCCCGCGAGGCCUGUCUGUGCCCAAAGCGAGACGCGGAGAGACAGCGGGGAGACAUUUGCUGCUUUCUGAACCUGGAUUUGGUCUUCCUUUCGAGUGUCGCGCGGCCCAAGAGAAAGCCCCGCAAGCGAAGGAGACACUGAAGAAAAGAAGAAAAGCAGAACACGACAGGCAGGACCACGAGCCCUCCGAGGGACACCCCGCGCCAACGGGAGACGUAGACGCAGGGGAGAACUCCCGAUCGCCGUCCUCGUCUUUUCUUCCUUUCGCUUCGCUCUCGACCGUAGGUGCUUCCUCGGCGUUCCCUGCCGCGUCUGCCAGGCCCUCGGCGAGAACGGCGAAGGGUACGGCGAAGUGUCUGGACAGCGCACGGGAGGCAGCGUGUGCGGGGUUCCUCGCUCCAGUCGAAGUCGCGUCGCGGCUUCUCCAGAACAGCCGCGAACGCGAACUGAGGGCUCGAGGCGCCCCGACAGAGGCGAGGCCCGCUGGGGACACGCAGACGAAGCGCGCGUGCCGACAGCCCCUCCUCGCGCAGCUUGCGCAGCAGCGCAAGCAGGCUGCAGGGGCUGCAAAGACCGUCGCGGGGCUGCGCGCCACUCUGGCGUGCGUGCAACAAACGUACAAGCUGAGUCGGACUGGAGGCAUCGUGGUCUGUGUUGGCCAGCGCCUGCGAGCGCUUCUCGCCCUUUUGCAGGCGCCGCCAUUCAGCCGCAUGCCGCUGGCUAUCCACGUGAUUGAUUCGCGCGUCGCGGCGCCUUUUUUCCGUUCGGUGUUGCGGCAGAGGCGCGACUUCCUUUCGCGGCCCGCGGAAGCUGGCCUCGGCCCCGCUGCAUCUGCAGCCUACCCUCAGCAGAGGCCCUUGAAGGGGGUGACUCCCGGCCUGCAGGCGGCAGAGACCCCGGAAGACAGGCACCUCCUCAGUUUCGUUUCCCUGCAUGCUCCAGGCGCGUCGUCUGCGCGAUCGACUUCCGAGAGAGAAAGCGAGGGGACCGCGCGGCGCCGUCUCGCCUGCCCCGAACCGAGGUCCUCAAGCGCGGUUGAAGAGACCUCGACCGUGGCGCGCGGACGCCUGCGCGGCGCAGCGCCUCCGGGCCCCGCCCUUUCCACGUGGAAGGCUGCAGGCCUGUGGUUGGCGCCCCACACAUCCGUCUCUUUUGGCGAGGCGGAGCUUCUGCUGCCGUUGGUCGGCGCCGGAAAGUCCGCGGGGAGGUCGAAGCGGCGGCGAGACGCGGGAGCGCCCGCGGAGGCGCGAGAAGGCCAGGCAGCGUGUGGAGAAGAAGCGAACAAGGCAGCGGCUGCGGGUUUCUCGGGAAGGGAGGGAAGCGGAGAGGAGCGGUGGGCUGAGACCCGACGGCGAAGCCAGGAAGGUGGAGCGGCGGAGACAGUCGUCGUGUCUGAUGACUCUGAGGACGAGCGAAUGGAAACGCGCGCGUCGUCUCCACCGUUCGCAGAAGAGAGGAGGGCAAAACGGAGGAAUCCGGAAGGGUGGACGGUUCGCAGGGUGGGAGGUGCGGCGGCAAAACCACAGACGGGAGGUGGGGACACAGAAGCGCAGCUGCGGCUGAGGGGGGCGGGACUGAGAACGCCGCCACGCAAAGUCGAGCGAAACACAGGGGAGGACGCGCAUCCGACGAUGCAGCCGAAACCGGACUCUCGCGGGGAAGAGCCGAAGGCCCAGAAGGCGCCGCACACGCCUCUGAGGGGGCAGCCACCCGAUGUUCUGGAUGUCCAGGCUGCUUCGUUAGCGCUUCCUGCGCUCCAGGAAGGACCCCGUGACGCUUUCCACCAUAUUCCCCUCCAGUGA